AUGUCAGUCUUAAACAGAUCGUACUCUAGUUUUAGGGAUCCAUAUUUAACUAACUAUUUUGAUAAUGAACGACGAUCGAGACAAUAUCGAAAAUUUGGUUUGGUCAACGAACACUAUGAAGUAUAUCCAGAAACAAUUUAUGAAGCGAAUAUCAGAGAGGCUGAAAGACGGGAGGCACUUGCAAGCAAAGAAUUUGAAAAACGAGCUCAAGAACGAUUACACAAGCUACAUCUUGAGCAACACAGGCUAUGGAAUCAAAGAAAAAACGAACAAAGGCUCCAACGAGUUCAGAGUACAAGGAAUCAAACAUCGAACUCUACCCAACCUGAUAUUCGCUUACCUGACGUUAGUAACUGGAGUAGACAGGACUUCAUUAAACAUGGCUUUGACUAUUAUCCUGAUCAAUGUCAUCGUCCACAAACUUCAUUAGGCAAUGAAUGGCAUCGAAUAAGAGGGCAGCAGGUACCCCACAGCGUGCUAAAUACAAUAUAUAAUACAAAUCCUUACAACGUUUUGUCGAAUAUGCUAUCUGCCAAAAAGCCAAUACCGAAACCGCCGUUGACUGUGCAGCCUGAUGGUGCUACUCCUGAGACUCGUACGAGCAAAUCAACAGCACCACAACCACUUAUCCCAACGAGCUCGCAUUCAUCAUCACCACCUCCCGACAAGAAAGAUAACAGCAGAAAAUCGUCGCCUGUGCUUCCAGACAAGAAGGAUGAAAGCAGAAGAUCGUCAGGUGUGACGCUAGACAAGAGAAAAGACAGGAAACCAUCUGCAAGCUCAUCAUCAUCACGGCAAACGUCGACACAAGAACCUCUCGUUACAACUGAUACUACGGUUCUUACUGCUCUUGUAAUUUCUGGACGUACAGCUUCGACCUCAUCUUCACCACUGCCACCGACAUUAGCAUCAUUACCGCCGAUUCGCUCAGCUACACCUGUGGAUGCUAAUAUUAUGCCAUUAUUUAAAAAUUCGACACCGUUUAGAUGA